AUACACUGAAGAUAUUUUCAUGUGAGGAGAAUUCCACGCAGCUUUCUUCCUCUUCUUAACUGGAGCUACGGUCCGUACUCCGGGAGCCUUUUGCCGGAAAUUUUUACCUGAAAAUAUUCACCAGCGACAUCACCGACGUGCUAGCUAAAAACAAUAUCUCAGGUAAUGGGAGUGAAAGUGGCGAGUGGGUGUUUGAACUGGUUACAAUCUUCGAAUUAUUGGCCGCCUUCUUCAUCACCUCAAACCCUAGCUUCUGCAAUCUCCUCGCCUCCAAGGAGACGACGGGGAUUAACCGACGUUGCACUGUUUUUUCGAUGCGUACAUCGACCGGCGAUAUUUGGGCUAAACAGAUCUCAGUCAUUUGAAUCUAAAGGACGGAAGUCUAUUAAACACGUCGUGAGUGCUAGCUUAGAUGCAAAUUUCUCAGACGAAGAAUUCUGUCGAGAGAUUCAGGAAUUGGCUCUAUUGUUCCAGGUAUCUGAUGACGAUGAGAAUACUACCAAGGACAGUGGCGACGUACUCGAAUCAGAAAUGCAGAAUCUUGAACCAUUCGUUAGUUCGAAGGUGGAGCAGCCGGAUUGGGUUGGGGAUAUGAUUCCGGCGAGUAUAGAGCGGAAGGCAAACAGUAUGGAGCUACCCUUUUCGUUACGGAUCAUACAGAAAAAGAAACAAUGGCAGGAAGGAUUCAGAGAAGCAGGGGAAUCUGCUUACUGCUCAGUGAAGAAAGCCUUCUCUUCAAUGGUAUUCAUAAUUCGUGAGCUUCAGAGCUACACUCUUCAUAUGAGAGAAGCUCUGUUUUACGAAGAUUUACAGGAGGUUUUGGUUAGGGUACAGAAAGAGAUGAACGCAUCUUUUGUUUGGUUAUUUCAGCAGGUUUUUUCACAAACACCUACAUUAAUGAUGUAUGUGAUGAUUCUUCUAGCGAAUUACAGCGUGUUUGCCAUGUCAAGUAACGUUGCCUUCGCAGUGACGCCGCCUCCCACCACCAUAGAGUCUAUUUCAAUCAUCGAAAACCAGAGCCACACCAAAAUUGAUUCUUUACCAAUCAAGACGUUUCCGGUGAAUUCAAUUGCGAAAACCACCUCAAUUGGCGGAGUCAACGGCGGCGGUGGGACAUUCAGGCCUGUAGCUGGCGGCACAGACGGUGAGGAUAGUUUUGAUGGGGCUGUUGCACAUCACCGGAAAAUUAUUCCAGAUGGAGUUUCGUCGUCGUCAACAAUAAACCCGUCAAUUUCGGGUCAGGCGACCCAAGAAGAGGAAUCGGGUUUAUGGAAAUCGAUUGUAGGAGAAGCAGAUAAUAUGCAUGGACUGAUCAGAGAUGGAGUUCUUGAUCGUCAAACCAUGCAAAAAUUUGUCUCGCCGGUGACGGCGAAAGUCGUGGAAGAAGAGGUGGACGGCGAAAGUCGUUUCAGAACGGAGCUUUUCUAUCAAAUGGGUUUAUCAGAAGAACCCGAUAACCCGCUUCUACUUGCUAAUUAUGCUCAGUUUCUGUACAUCGUAGCUCAGGAUUACGACAGAGCGGAAGAGUACUUCAAAAGGGGUUCGAAAGUAGAGCCGAAGGAUGCAGAAGCACUUAGCAAAUACGCAAACUUCUUAUGGGAAAUAAGAAAGGAUUUAUGGGGGGCUGAACAGAUUCUUCUAGAAGCCAUUGCUAUUGAUCCUCUCAACUCUUUUUAUGCAGCCACUUACGCAAAUUUUCUCUGGAACACCACCACAACCUCCACCUCCGAUGAAGACGACGCUUGUUUCCCUUUUGAUUCCCCCCAAAUCUGAUCAUAUAAUAAUUAUUUAACCACUGUAUAUUCAAUUACAGCUUAAUCCAUUCACCGAUUUUAGCUUAGUUGUGUAAAACACAAAAAGAAUGUGGUGGCUGUAGGUUGUUGAUGGACAUUCAUGUGGUGGUGAUGGUAACUGUGUAAGAAGCUUUGGAAUUGGAAGUUUCCAGUUUUUUACUUUGAUCAUAA